UCCGGACCCCGCGAGGUGGCGGGCGGUGGCCCCGCGAUGUCGCUAGUAUUGCUGAGCCUGGCCGCACUGUGCUGCGGGGCCGUGCCUCCGGAGCCGACAAUUCAGUGUGGCUCUGAACCCGGACCGUCUCCAGAGUGGAUGGUCCGACACACCCUGACCCCAGGGGACCUGAGGGACCUCCGAGUGGAGCCUAUUAAAAGCAGUGUUGACCUGGAGGACUCUUCAAUUUUGAUGAACAUAAGCUGGAUACUCCGGGCAGAUGCCAGCAUCCGCUUGUUGAAGGCCACCAAGAUCUGCGUGAUGGGCAAAAGCCACUUCGAGUCCUACAGCUGCAUCAGGUGCAAUUACACCCAGGCCUUCCAGACUCAGACCAGACCCUCUGGUGGCAAAUGGAUGUUUUCCUACAUUGGUUUUCCUGUCGAGCUGAACACAGUCUAUUUCAUUGGGGCCCAUAACAUCCCCAAUGCAAAUAUGAAUGAGGACGGCCCCUCCAUGGCUGUGAACUUCACCUCCCCAGGGUGCCUGGACCCCAUAAUGAAAUAUAAAAAAAAGUGCAUCGAGGCAGGAAGUCUGUGGAAGCCAAACAUCACCGCUUGCAAGAAGAGCGAGAACACAGUGGAAGUGAAUUUUACCACCAGUCCCCUUGGAGACAGAUAUAUGGCGCUCAUCCAAAAUACCACCGUGAUUGGGACUUCCUAUGUGUCAGAGAAGGAACUGACUCGAACUUCCAUGGUGGUUCACGUGACUGGGGAAAGUGAAGGUGCUGUGGUCCAGCUGACUCCGUAUUUCCGUACCUGUGGCAACGACUGCAUUCGACAAAGAGGAACUGUGGGUCGCUGCCCACAAACGGGAGUCUCUUCUCCUCAGGAUCAUGACAGAAGUGUGCUGGGUGGCUGGCUGCCUCUCCUCCUGUCCGCUCUGCUUGUGGCCACAUGGGUGCUGGUGGCUGGCAUCUAUCUGAUCUGGAGGCACGAACGGAUCAAGAAGACUUCCUUCUCAACUCCCACGCUACUGCCCUCUAUUAAGGUUCUUGUGGUUUACCCUUCUGAAAUAUGCUUCCAUCACACAGUUUGUUACGUCACUGAAUUUCUUCAAAACCGCUGCAGAAGUGAAGUUAUCCUUGAAAAGUGGCAGAAAAAGAAAAUAGCUGAGAUGGGUCCCGUGCAAUGGCUUACCACUCAGAAGCAAGCAGCGGAUAAGGUCAUUUUCCUUCUUUCCAAUGAUAACACCAUGUGUGAUGGUACCUGUGACAAGAACGAGGGCGGCCCCUGUGCGAACUCCCAAGACCUGUUCCACCUCGCCUUUAACCUCUUCUGCAGUGAUCUGAGAAGCCAGGCUCAUCUGCGCAAAUACGUGGUGGUCUCCUUCAGAGAGGGCGACAUCAAAGACGACUACAGCGCGCUCAGGGCCUGCCCCGCGUACCGCCUCACGCAGGACGCUGCAGACCUCUGCGCGGAGCUCCUCCACGCCAAGCGGCGUGUGUCGGUGGGGAGAAGGCCGCGCACCUGUCACUACAGCUGCCUCUCCCUGUAGCCCAGUCACAAAACAGGAGACCUUAAAGCCUUCUGACCCCUCCAAUCACAGGGGAAAAAGUGUCUGUGAGAAUCUGAAGCUUACCAUAUAGGCUACUUGCAGGGAGGAUUAGAGCUGCACCUUGAACAACCCAAGGGUGCUGACCCCUCUGCCGCUGAAAAUCCAGGGAGAACCUCACAGUCCAUCAUCUGUACCCGGGGUUCAACCAUCUGCAGAUGUGCCGUACAUUAUUUACUGAAAAAACUGCGCAAAUAAAUGUAUCUGCCCAGUUCAAACUUGUAUUGUUCAAGAGUCAACCAUAUGUAUAUCUGCUUGAGCAAAAGGAAUAGGGAGGAUUUACAAUGGAAUACAUAACACCUUAAUCUAGUAAUUAAAUGUUAUACCAAUAAAACUGUUAUAAAUAUUACUAAAGACUGUGGCAUUAAAGAAUGGAAACUAAAUUUAUAACUAUAAAGCUCAAUUUCAUAUCUAAAAACCAGAACACUUAUAAUGUAAAACUAUAACCACUGUGAUAAUCGUAGUAGAGCAUUUCCCAGCUGAACAUCCAGUCCUAAACAGGGCAUGCCCUGCAGAGUAGGUAGAACUGUUUAACUCUGUAACUAAGUUUAAUUAACGAAUGCCAAAACUAAGAGUCCUCACUAGUUCAAUAACUUCUUAGGUGAAAAACCCUCUAUAACACACAAAAAUUUUUAUAACAAACAUAGGGAAUAAGAGGCUGCGCUGAUCCUUGUUGACCAUAUGCCCUACUCUGUGUGGAAACACUUCUAUACCUGGUAUUUUAAUAGGACCCCCACCCCCCACCCCCGAACCAGCUGAACUAGCUUCAUGUCCUACCUGACUGUUGGACAGGGGAUUUUUAACAUCAACAAAAUAUAUCAUUUACAGAGCUGAUGUCUACCUGUGCCCAAAGUUACCCAUUAGAAGUAACUGUCAGAAUUCAGAGUUUGUUGAUUAUUACAUAACUUUUCAUGUUCAAGACAAAAAUAAUUCCUAUGUUGAAGUUAGCCCUCUUGAAGUAAUUAAUUUUUUAUAAAUGAGUUAUUAUACUGUUUUACUUAAGAAACAGAAUCUACCUUGGCAUUACAGAACAUAGAGAUGGGUGGCAUUUUAAGUCUUCAAAUUUUUUUUUACUUUUCUGAAAGCAUCUUUUUCUUAAUGUAGAAGUCACCAAAAGUUGGUUAUAUUAGCAUUUGUAUUUUUCUAGGAAAGCCUGUCUCUUUCACACAGUGUAAGACUGCAUCUGCUCUAGAAUGUGGAUCAGUUUCAGGUGGACAACUGUUAAAAUGUUUCUGUAGAGUAUCCCUAAAGGGCCAUGCCACUCCUCUGAUACAUGUCUUACAAAGACCAAAAUAAAGAAGCAUAGUGUGUCCAGCUUCACAAGCAAAUAACUAGUAAUGCCUGAGGCAAUACAAUUAAUGUGGUAAAGCUAACUGACUUGUGUUUAGUUUGCAGGGCGCUUUUAAGUUCUGAUAAUAAAAGAUGGACAUGGCCUAUGUCAAAACAUGGACCAGGAACCAACUUCCUCUGAAUCAACCUCUACCAGUUUUAACAGCAAAUUGCUAUUAUGUGAAAAGCUAUUAUAAACAGAAUUCAUUAUGCUUUUAGAAAUAGGUAGCUAGUAUUAAAUUGGGUUGAAACAACCCAGAAACGUAAAAUCAUAGUGUAUACACUUAAUUAAAAACUAAAAAAAAAACAAACCAACAAUAGCGUAGUUUUCAGACUGAAGGCAAGGAUCCCAAAGGAGAGAAGCAAGUUAAAAUUUUGUUACACUGGCAGGCUCUUCUUUGUUUCCAACCUACUGAGCAGACACUCAUGAUAAUCCUAUUUAUUUAAAAUACUCUAGUAUUUUUCCAUGUCCUAAACUUCCAGCCAUCCUUUUUUUUUGGCCCCAAUGCUUAUGGGGUCUUACUUCCCUGACCAAGGACUGAACCUAUGAUAACAGCAGUGAAUGUGCUGAGUCCUAACCAGUGGACCACCAGGGAAAGCUCCCAACCAUCCUUGUUUCUAUGUUCCACUUGCCUGAAUUUCUUACCUUCACCUACUUUUGUCCUUCUGCCAGUCCCACCCUCAGCCCCGGUUCUAGAGAUCAUACUGAAUGAGAAGUACUCUGAGAACAUUCACUGUUUUUCAGGUAAAGGAAGACUGGGGAGCUAAUGAUUAAGUUAGUAAUUCUGACAGGUACCUUGUCUAAAUUAUACAUAAACCAUUUCUGUUUGGCUUUAGGAAGAAAAUGAGUUUUCCUUUUCUGUUUCUGUUCUGUUUUGGUCAAACAGUGACUGGUUUCCUUUCCCAAGCCCACCCCAGAUCAUGUGGGUAACAAAAGCCAACCAACCCGACCUUAAAUCUUUGCUUCUGGAAAUCUAGACCUGAAUGGGCCCUGCUAUUUUUUGUAAUCCAAGAGAAAAUUUUAAAAAUGAAACAAAACAACAACAAUAACAAAAAACAACUUUUUUUUUCCCCUAAGGAAUUUUAGCAGCAUACACAAGUCAUGACAUAUGUUUAUGCUAUACUAGACAAGAGGGAAAAUGUGUAACCAAACAUUUCUCACGAUUCAUGUACACAGUCACACCCACCCCCAUGGGUACGUGAGACUGCCUAACCCUCAGAAGUCAACCUAAAGGAAGGGCUUCACCACCUGAGAAC